AUGGCCGACGCCGACCCCUGGGAAGGUUUUGAUGAAGACGAGCUUGCAGCGGUGUUAGAUAGUUACUCGGAGGUCACCCAACAAAGUUCAAUGGAGUUUUCAACAAACACACCAGUUGUGGCUAACAUAUCAAACCCAUAUGAUAACCGCAAUAAAUCGGUUGUCGUUGACCUCACCCCAUGUCCAGUAGUAAAACAAUCAGAGCGUCUAAUCCAUAACUUAGGUGGUGCCUCUAGUAGUAUAAAAAUAAUUCCAGGACCGUCCGGUGAGCUUCAAAAGUUACAAGAUCUCAGACAUAAAAGGAUAGUAACGGGAGAGGAAGAUACUAAACCUUGGUUCUUCGCACAACAAUAUUACGCAGAGGAGAGAACCGCAUUGGGAUCUAUUCAACCGAUAAACCAAAGAAUUGAAAGGUUGGUUGUACUGGUCGAGGAGCAAAGAAAGUAUCUUGAUGACUAUGCUUUGAAAGUGAAGGAUCCCAGUGGUAAAAUGCCAGCAAACGUCCAUCACAAAGUGGUUAAACAUCCUGACUAUGGAAAGCAUAUAAGGGUGGAAGUGGUAUUAGUUUUGAAGAAAGUGGUGAUCCCUUCGGAUUCUAAUGUUGUUGUGAUGGGUCGUCGACAAGUUUGA